AUGGCGGCUCCGCAAAACGGAUCGGCGAAUUUAACGGUGAACGGCACCAACCCGUUUGUCCAGCCGCCGUGGCGCGUCGCCCUGUGGUCUGUGGCGUACAGCUCCGUGCUGGCAGUGGCGGUGUUUGGAAACCUCAUCGUAAUAUGGAUCAUUCUCGCCCACAAGCGAAUGAGGACCGUGACAAAUUAUUUCCUUUUAAAUCUGGCAUUUUCUGACGCGUCAAUGGCAGCCUUCAACACUUUGAUAAACUUUAUCUACGCUGCCCACGGAGAGUGGUACUUUGGAGAGGCUUACUGCAAAUUCCACAACUUUUUCCCGGUGACAUCCGUGUUCGCAAGCAUCUACUCGAUGACGGCGAUCGCUGUGGACAGGUACAUGGCCAUCAUCCACCCGCUGAAGCCGCGCCUGUCAGCGACGGCCACCAAAGUGGUGAUUGUGUGUAUCUGGAGUCUGGCUGUGGUGCUGGCCUUCCCUCUCUGCUUCUUCUCCACCAUCCGCAUUCUGCGUCACAGGACUGUCUGCUAUGUGGCCUGGCCUCGGAUGACGGAUGACCCCUUCAUGUAUCAUAUCAUAGUGACAGUUCUGGUCUACCUGCUGCCCUUAGUGGUGAUGGGCAUCACCUAUACAAUUGUGGGAAUGACUCUGUGGGGAGGUGAGAUCCCUGGAGAUUCAUCUGAUAACUAUCACGGACAGCUCCGAGCCAAAAGGAAGGUGGUAAAGAUGAUGAUCAUCGUAGUGGCUACCUUUGCUCUCUGUUGGCUUCCCUAUCACGUCUACUUCAUCGUGACAGGCCUCAACAAACGUCUGACCAGGUGGAAGUACAUCCAGCAGGUUUACCUCUCAGUGCUGUGGCUGGCCAUGAGCUCUACCAUGUACAACCCCAUCAUCUACUGCUGCCUCAACAGCAGAUUUCGAGCCGGCUUCAAGCGAGCCUUCCGUUGGUGCCCAUUUAUCAAGUUGUCAAGCUAUGACGAGUUGGAGCUGCGUGCUACAAGGCUACAUCCAACACGCCAGAGCAGCAUGUACACCCUGUCGAGAAUGGAGACCAGCAUGGUGGUGGUUUACGACCCUGCUGAGGGCGAUGGGAGUGGAGGUUGUGGGCCUGGCAGCAAGUAUUCCCUGUCUGCCAAGAAGAAAAACUAUGUUACCUCUCGCCACCCAGACAUCAGUGGAUGCAAUGGUGGCAAUGUGAAAACUGAAAAUGGAUGUGCCCCAAAUGCUCAACCUGAAGAAUUAUCUUGA